AUGUCACCACAGUGCAUGCAUGUGUACUCCGCAGCCCUGUUCGAAGUGGCACAAAACGGUGAGUCCGCUUUUCGCAUGGUAGCGGAGCUGGAGAAGAAGACUGGUAGCUGCGUGUGGAGCAGCACCUGGACCUCUCCGACGAGAGGACAAAUCCCCGGCAAGACGGGGAAGGGAAAAGCAAAGGGCCAAGGAAAAGCCCAAGAGAGAACCAGGUCCGCCCGAGCCAUAGAGCGGCGGAUACUACGUGGGGCAGCAAGGCGUGCAGAAGGCUUGCUGAACACCACUGUGGAAGCAGCCAGCGGUACGACCAACAGGCCGGACCACAACGAGCUGGACUACGUGGAAGGCUUGAGACUUCAGGCCGUUCCAGAACAAGAAGUACCAGAGUUUCUGGACGUGAACAGGACUGUGGUUGGUGGUCUGCCAACACACAGCAAAGCAGGAGGAGCGACCAAGCGCGUGUGGGGCAAGUUCGAGAAGGACUACCCGAGCCUCGCCAAGGUCGUACAGUCUACACCGGGUGGAAAGGCGAGAAAGUCCUUCGCCCAGGAAGAAGGAGGUCGACGAGUAGCACAAGGACUCGUUGAAGAAGUAGGAGAGGAAGAAGAAACACACGCGGCAACCAGCGUGUGGUACUCUGUGGACGAGUUCGGGAACUUCAAGGAGGAGGUCGACGACUCGCCCGAAGAAGAGGAAAGGCCGAAGACCGAGCAAGCGUCUUCAGCGGCAAGCAGCAGCUCAGUGGGUGUCUCCGAAGUCGCCCGAGCUGUUCAGGACCUAGAGCUGAGGAGUCAGAAAGCCUCAGAAGAAAGAAACCAAGAAGGUCGAGAAGAAGGACGGGACUACCAGCGUGAGGAGUUGGAGGACCGUGAAGAGCGGGACUACCAGCGUGAGGAGUUGGAGGACCGUGAAAGCAACUGGAGCGAGACAGCUUCCAGUAGCUCUACAAGCUGGUCGAGGAGUACCUGGAGUAGCAACUGGGGAAGCGACCAGUCGAGGGAACAGACGGACAAAUUGACCCGGACUGAAACGGAGCUAGCGCAAAGGACACAGGAUCCCUUGGAUGAUGCUAUGCAAACCCCUGAAGAGGAUUUGUUGGCCAAGGCGAUGUAUACGGAGUUUGAACGAACCUCCAAGAGUGUUUUCUCAGAAGAGGAAAAGGUCUCGAUCUUAGCGCAUGUAGCACCUCCAGAGCUUCAGCAAAGCAUCUUUAUGCACAGCGACGCGUUGGGCACUUACGCGAAGAUUCGAGACUACAUCGAGCAGUACCUCAUCAACAAGAACGUUUGGAAGAGACCGCAAGGAUCCCAGUUUGGAAUCACUAAGGCGGCAAACAAGGUUGAUGACGGAGGACUGAUGGACAUGACUGUAACUGACUCAGCGGAGAGUUUGCUGUCAGUUUUCAACAUGGUAGAAAAAGGAGUCAGGUUUGAAGAAGAAAAGGAACCUGAUACCUGGAGAAUGGAGACCAAUGAGGAAGGAGAAUUCGUGGUUCGUGUGCACAACACAGCACGAUUCCAACUAUUCAGCCCAGAGCGAAUGGCUGAUCUUCCUGUUCCAAUCAACCGACUACUACCUGGUCGACUUACCAAGAUCUAUUUCUCCGAAGAUGGAUCGCAUGUGGAAGACCAGAGUUUGUGGACAAGAAAACAGACAUCUGCCAAGAACAUGGGCAGAGAAUGGCUGGGAGAAUCGUGGUUUAGAUUGAAACCAGAGACUGAAAUUCCUGAAAAGAAGGAUGCAGAGAUUGAAGAAGCAAAGAAAGUUGAAGGAGUACGUGACCCAGACCAAGACAUGGAUGAAUUCUUUUUGGAUUGGGUGUACGUAGAAGAUCGAGUACAACCAGAUCCAAUUGAUCAAGACCAAGCCGAACGUGAAGUGUUUCGAGAGCAAAGACAGCUUGACGAAGAAGAAGAAGUGAAAGAACAAGCACAGGAGGUAGAUGUACCAAAGGCACCGAGUGCACAACAGCGUGAGGAGCACAGACUUCAUCAUGCAAAUUUCGAACCUUGGUGUGAAACUUGCAUCAAAGGACAAGGACGAGAUGCACACCACAGAAGAAGUAAGGAAGACAAGAAAGAACACAUCAUCUACUCCGACUACAUGUUCUUCAGUGUGGAUGGUGAGAUGGUGAAUAGAAGUGAAGGAAAGAAGCAGAAAGGACUGAUCACAGUGCUGACGGCAAUUUGCAAGGACAGUCAGUAUCCCUUCGCCAUGGUGGUCCCAUCAAAAGGAGGAGAGUACUACUCAAGGGAUGCGUUGGCAGCUUGGAUCAGAGAUCUGGGAUGGAACAAAGUGACAAUACAAAUAGAUCAGGAAAAUUCCAUGAACAAGUUGUUUGACAGAGUGAGGGAUCUCAUGCCGGAAAGAGUAGAGAUUCGGAAAUCACCACGGUAUAGCUCACAGUCUCUUGCAGAUGGAGAAAUGGUGAAUGGACUGAUAGCUGGAAAGAUUCGCACAUGGCUGUGUGAGUUGUCUGAAAGCUAUGCAACGAAAAUUGGAACCGAGCACUACGUGUUCCCAUGGAUCGUGCGUCACAGCGCAUGGACUUUGGCAAGGUUUCAUGUCAACAAGAGCAAGACCACAGCGUUUCGUGUGAUAAAGGGCAGAGACUACGUGGGUGAGUUGAUACCAUUUGGAGAGACAGUGAUGGGAAAAUUUCCAAAGGUGAAAGACAAAUCUGCACCUCGAUGGACAAAAGGAAUCUAUGCAGGAAAGAAAGAAAAUUCAGAUGAGCACAUGAUGUUGACAAGUGCCGGAGCUAUUAGUUUCAGAACAGUCCGAAGAUUGCCAGUUGGAUCACAGUUCCAAGAUGCUGUGAUGGAAGUUGCGAGAGGAGUCCCAUGGAAUACAGUGUUGGGAAUCGAGAAAGCAAAGCCGGAGGCAAUCUCAUCGGAGGUGAAAGCAAUUGUGGCACCAGAAAUCGAAGGAGGGAAAGCACAGAAGAGCACAAAGAAGGAAGACAAAGCACCAGAGAUGCAGGUGGACGAUGAAGGAGAGAGGAUCGAGAUUGAAGAAAAGGAUUCCAAGAAGCCACGACUGGCAGAGGGUACAACCUCUAGUGCCGUACCGGGCGACACCGGAAUGAAUCCAGGACAACCUGAACUGUACCGCAUAGACACACCAACAGAUGACAACAUGAGUGCAGCGGGCACAGCAUCUCAGGACAUGGUUUCUGGAGUCAGUAACGGUGAAGUUCCAGAUGCGGAAGAAAUGAGGAAGAAAUACCAUAUGCCAGUAAACAAGGACCAUGUAUGGUUUCAGAAGUGGCUAGAUGAGAGAAAGGAGUACUUCCAGAGUGAAAUGGUGGCAAACAUCAUGGACUACCUGGACCAAAUUGGAGCAGCAGAAGAAGAACAAAAGAAAGCUCGAAAGACGGAGAUCAAGAAGCUGAACGAGGACUUUGGAGCAUUUACACCGAGAGACGGUGACAAGACAGGACAACCUGUGAUGAUGAAACCACCUAAGGAAUGGCUGGAAGACUACGACGAUUGGUAUUUGUUGCAGCCCAAGGAAGUUCAAGAAGAACUCAAGGACGACAGACCAGACAUAAAGUUCAGUACCAAGGAAUUGGCAAAACGCAUUCGGGAACCAAGGGAAUGCGACAUGGCCAACCUGAAGGUCCUGGGAAGGUAUCUUCGAGGAACCACGAACUAUGGGCAUGUGACAAAGUUGACAGAGGGGAUCGACAUCCGAGAAGGAAUCCCGAUGCACUGCUACUGUGACAGUGAACUGGUACGAAACGGAUGCGAGUUGAUAGGACUCGUGGACCUGACUGAGGAGCAUUUCGACGAUCGCCUCUGGAACAAUGCCGCGUCGCAAGAGGAGUUGCACAGCGCGCUGGCACCUCGAAGGAGUUCCACUUUGAGACCCAUCAGUUCGACCGCCGACUUGGCGCAUCAGAUGCAGGUGUUGGACAUCGACGACGACGCUGAGUUCUUGACGCAGCCGGUGAGCGAAAGCCGGGCGCAGGAGAUCAUGAAGGCAGUAGCUGAAUCCUUGCCAUACCUCAGUGAUCAUAUGGACGCCUCGGAGCUGCAACGAGACAUCUCCCAGGCUCUGCGCGACGCGAGUUUGGUGACUUUGAUGGCGUGCUAA